CUUGCUCUCAAACAAGGACUAAAAGUUGGCUCACUCAACAAACUCGGAGAAAAAGUAAAAAACUGGAAAUCACGUAUAUUCAUCCUACUGAAAACCAAUCUGUUGUAUUAUAAAACAAUUGAUGAUAAACACUACACAGGAGCCAUCAAUAUUUUGGGUUGUCCAAUUUUGAGAUGUGAUCCGAAUGAAGUGACAAAUUCAAUGAGACACACUUUAAAAAUUGUUACCAAGACGAGAACUUAUUAUUUGGCAGCCAAUUCGGAACAAGAUGCCAAUGAAUGGUUAAUUGCACUGAUUGAACAAUCUGGAUAUCAUCUGGUAGUAAAAUCUGCUCAAGAUCCAACACCUUUGGAAAAACAACACAGAAAUUGUCAAAUAUUUGGAAGCAUUCAAACGGCCAUUGAUGCUGCAAGAGGAGGAGAAAAGAUUUUGAUUUAUCCUGGAAUUUAUAGAGAAAAUUUGUGGAUUGAAAAACCAAUUCAACUUGUUGGAUACAUGUCAGAGUUGGAAAUUAAACAAAAAACCGAAGCCAUGAAGCAAAUUCUUUCAAAACAGUACAAUGAGGAGGGUCAUGAUGGAGAAGAGGAGGCAGUUUCUGUCAAUGCUCAAAAGGAUUUGAGAAAGACAGCAUCUAUGGACAGUAACGCAAUGACCAAUGCCAAUGAUGUUACAAGAAUGAGUGAAUCUGAAUUGAGAAAGACAGCAUCAUCUCGUCGUGUGAAAAAUACAAAUGCAGUUGCAGUUGGAUCUGAGAUGAAGAAGAAAAUUGAGGAGGAGAGGAUAAAGACCAAAAUAAUGGGUUCAACCAAUAAUAUUGUCAUUGAGAAUGCAGACGAAAAUGAAAGUUGUUUAGUUUACAAAGCUAAUGGAGGUGUCAUUUCAAAUAUUACAUUCAGGGUGCGAACACAUACCUACAAGUAUGCAUCAGAGGAGGAAAAACCUGUUGUGAGUUGUUUGGAAUUAGAUAAUGGUGGGUUGACUUUGAAAGGAGUAACAAUAUCUUCUUCAGAAUAUGGAUCUGGAAUAAUUUUGAUGAAUAAGAGUAUUCUCAUCAUGAUGGAAUCCAUAAUUUCACAAUGUAGAGAUAUGGGAAUAUGGUUAAUGGACAGAUCUCAGUGUACAGUCACUAGAUCUCGUAUUGUUAGUUGUAAACUCGAUGGUAUUAGAGUGAGUGGUGAAUCUUCCCUCCACAAACUCAAAGAGGUUGAUAUAUUAGGAUGUGGACUGAGUGGAUUAUGUAUAUGUGAUCGAUCUCUGUCAACUCUCAUCAGUCAUUGCAAUUUUAAUCAAAAUAUAUCUGACAAUAUUCGAGUUCAAAAUGAAGGAAGAGUGAAAAAGAUAGUUUCCUGUUCCAUUUCCAAUGCCUCAGAAUUUGGCAUCUUAUUUGCCAAUUAUCCAGCUCGUGGUUUCUCACAAGAUGAUCUUCUCGUCAAGCUCACCAACAAUUCAAUUGAAAACAACAAAAUGGGUGACAUUUACAUUGAACACUUAGACUACAUGGGAAGAUUCAUAAAAAAAUACGUCAGAAGAAAGAAGAAGGAAUAGUAAUAAAUAUCCCAUUUCCUU